AUGGCUUACGCCUUGCCAGCACAGGGCCAGGCGGCCACUGUGUCUUCUGCCAUCUGGCAGAAACGCCCCUUUGUGGGGCCUCGCUCUCUGUCCAAGCGGGGCUUCUUGCCCACUGUCAUCAGAGGGCAGGUGGCUGUCGGCACACUGCCACGGCCGCAUCGCUGUGUGCUGGUCCUAGUCCUGUCCUCUGAAGAGACCGGGGAGGGCAGGGUGGAUAGACAGGCCCAGCAUCUGGAGUGUGGGGUGCAACGGCGCUCUCAGUUUGGGGCUAGGGCAGGGCUCCAGGCUGAGGGCCAGAAGUCAGGGGUCUGGACCCCCAGCGCAGUGAGCUGGGCCCAGUGGCUGAGACCUGUACGUGUGCAUAAGGUCACACAUGGGAGCUUCCUGCGGGCAUGUGCCAGGCGGGUCCUGGGGUGCUGCUGGAUAUCUUCCCCGGGCCCUCUGCCCCCAAUCCAGUUACUGAGGGUCCCUGAAGGCCAUGCAGCUGUGCCAAGGCCCCUGCAGCAGUUCCUGGCAGCCCUGCGUCUGCCUGCCUGCCGCUCCCUUGGGGCACCCCUGCUACCCGGCAGACCCCCGUCCCCCCCAUCUUGGACGUUCUCAGGACUCCAGGCCGGGAAAGCAGGGGGCCAAGGUGGGGCCCGCGGCCGGGAUGCCACCCUCUGGCUCUCACUGGGUCUGAGCUGGCCGCCUCCUGCAAUAUUGAUGGCCCGUCAGCCCCAUUUUGAGCGCGGAGCCGCCUUCGAGCCGAGCGCCCGUGGCGGCUUGCCCGCUGCCCAUGUCUGCUUUUUUAACCCCGCAGGUGCCUCCGCCAUGGCAGCGGCCGAGGUGCCUGGCUACCUUGUGUCCCCUCAGACGGAGAAGCACCGGCGGGCCCGCAAUUGGACAGACGCCGAGAUGCGCGGCCUCAUGCUGGUCUGGGAGGAGUGCUUCGAGGAGCUGAAGCAGACCAAGCGCAAUGCCAAGGUGUAUGAGAAGAUGGCCAGCAAGCUCUUCCAGAUGACCGGCGAGCGGCGGCUGGGUGAAGAGAUCAAGAUCAAGAUCACCAACAUGACCUUCCAGUACAGGAAAUUAAAAUGCAUGACAGAUAGCGAGUCCGUCCCGCCUGACUGGCCCUAUUUCCUAGCCAUUGAUAGGAUCCUGGCCAAGGUUCCCGAGUCCUGUGACGGGAAACUGCCGGACAGCCAGCAGCCGGGGCCCUCAACGUCCCAGACCGAGGCGUCCCUGUCGCCAUCCGCUAAGUCCACCCCCCUGUACUUACCGUACAGCCAGUUCUCCUACGAAGGCCGCUGCGAGGACGACGGCUCCGACAGCUCCUCCAGCUUACUGUCCCUUAAGCUCAGGUCGGAGGAGCGGCCCACCAAGAAGCGCAAGGCGCGGAGCUGCCCCUUCCAGAAGAAGAAGCUGCGGCUGCUGGAGGCCACGCUGGAGGAGCAGCGCAGGCUGAGCCGCGCGGUGGAGGAGACGUGCCGCGAGGUGCGCCGUCUGCUGGACCAGCAGAACAUCCUGCAGGUGCAGAGCCUGCAGGUGCAGGAGCGCAUGAUGAGCCUGCUUGAGAAGAUGAUUGCCAAGUCCAGCGUCUAGGCCGGCGGCCACUGGGACGGAGUGCCGGAGACAGCGGAUGCUCCACGUGGCCCCUGGCCGGACCCCAGGCGGUUCUGGGCCAGGCCGUCCCUCCAUGGGGUGCUGAGGACCCCACGGGCGCCGGGAGAUACUGGAGGCCCCCCUCCAGCAUUCACACCCUCCCUGGACAUGAGGCAGGGACUCCACAGUGCGGACGUCUCCGAGUCCACUCUCCGGUACAGUUGCUCUUGGUGGGACCUCAGGCAGCUUUGGUCUUAAAUGUGUUCAUUUUUCAUUACGCCUGGACGCAGAGUUCACAUCUUGUAGCAUGGAGGGAGCCCUCAGGUCAGUCUGUUUUGACGGCGAAAGCAGGUGGCAAUGAGUCAGCAGUGGUCCACACAGGUGACGGACUCUCUCCAGGGGAGACGUUCACUUUCUCCUCUCCAGGGUCCCUGGUCCACAGUGCAGACCCCAGAGAGCCACACAGCUCUGUUGGUUUUUGUCAUCUCCUUUGGGACCUUGGGUGUUCUGGCUGCCUCCUUAGUAAUCACACUAAUAAAAAAAAUAACACCUGCUCACGUCCACCACCCUCGUCCAUUCUCUUGGCAGUGGGGAGAGAGGG